AUGUUUGAUGAAAUAAUUGAAGAAAGCACGAUCGAAGAAUGUUACCUAAAUGAAGAUUGUCCUUUAAUUAGUGAAGGACAGUUAUGCAUUCAUGGAGUUUGUGCAUUUGAAUGCUUGGGAAAUAGUGAUUGUCCUCAAGAAGGAAAAUGUGAUUUUCAUUCAAAUUUAUGUAAAUGGUCCGACGAGCUUACUCCAACAACAACAAAAUCAUCUUCAUCUUCUACAACAACAACAAAAGAAGUAGAGUCACCAUCAUCGUCAUCAUCGCCAACAACGACAACUACUUCAUUAAAUAAUGUUGAAAAUUUAAUUAUGCAACAACAACAACAACAACAAUUUAAUUCUACAACUGACGCCAAUAGUAAUAGUGUUAGUAUUGGUAGUACGAACGAUGCUAAUCCUUUAACGACACCAAUAAUUUUGGGAGUUAUUAUAAUACUUUUUACAAUUGGAAUAUUAUUUUUAUUAAUUUAUCUUUUAAAAAAACGUAAAGUAAAAAACAAAUCCAAAUUACCCAAAAUUAAGCGCUCAAAGCUAUCUACUUCGAGUGUUGCUCCAGAAAUGCGUAGUACAUCGAAAAACAAUAACAACGAGGAAUUUGAAGAAACAUUCGCCGAAGGUGCAGUUGGGUAUUCUGCCUCAGAGAAUUUAGGAGAUGAAUCAUUUUCUCAUAUACAGUCGCAAACUGUCUAUGGAACUUCUGCGUCUGCCACCUCAAUGAUCGAACUGCAAACUGCUUCACAUCUUCCUGUACUUCAAGAACAUCAUUUUAUGUCACAAGAUGGAUAUAUUUCACCUCAGCCUUAG